AGCGCUGAAAUGAAGUUUUACCUCGUCCCUUGUGGGUGGAGCUACCAGUGUCAAUUUCACCAGACAUAUCAUAUAAGUUUGUGUAAAAUAGUGCUACACAAGUUCAGUUUGCUAUUUGUCGGUGCAUGGUGAAAAAUAUCUGUAGAAAAAAGUGUUUCGAUGGGAAGAUUGUAAAGUUUUCACUCAUCGCAGCUGGGCGGAAGUAAUCGGGUGACGUAUACGUGCAACCAGGGUAAAAUUGUGAGAGCGAGUAUCAACUUUCACUACGAGGAGUGUUCCUCAACUACAAGAUCUCAGACUUAAUCUUUAGACCGAAAAUCCAGCUUAUCCUUCAUGAAUUCGUUAAAGCAGGAACUGUGAGGCAUUUCAAACCAUAGAGGAGUGAGAUAAAGCCAUGAAAGGGACCGUCUAUACACCAUUUCUACUGGCAUUCUGCUGCGCUUGUACAGUUCUGUUGGCUGGUGCCCAGAAUGUGAUUCAGUCUUUCCGUGUGAUGCCCAAUGACACCAGCGUGAUAGCAGGGGAGACAGCAGUAUUGAAAUGUGAGGUAGACAGCAUGCAGGGAAUGCUACAGUGGGCCAAGGAUGGGUUUGCAUUAGGAUUUGACCGCAGCAUUAUUGGGUACCCUCGCUACUCCAUGGUGGGCAGUGUGACACUAGGACAGCAUAACUUAAUGAUAACCAAUACGGACUUGUCAGACGAUGCAGACUUUGAGUGCCAAGUCACCCCAUCUCAGAACAACCCACAUCUUAAGGCCAAAGCCCACUUAUAUGUUAUGGUCCCUCCAGACCAGCCAGAGAUAGAGGGCCAUACCAAUGGUUCUACAGUAGAGGUCCUACUCACAGACAUUACGGUCAACUUAACAUGCAAUGCCAUGAAUGGGAAGCCCGCUCCUGGGUUGAUAUGGAAAAGAAAUGGCCGCGACGUCACGGAAACAGUGCAAUAUUCUACAUACUCAAGUGAUCCAAGCAGUAAAAGGGUAAAUGCAAAGAGCAUAAUAACUCUAAACCCAGUGAAGGAAGAUAAUGGUGCCCUGUAUUCUUGCCAAGCCACUCACCCAGCUCUCAGGAAUAAAGUAUUAGAAACUGUCAUCAAACUUAGUGUGCUAUAUGAGCCCGGGCACCCAGUGAUCACAGGCUACAGGACCAAUCAGAUCAUCCGUACUGGCGACACCGUCACACUCAGCUGUAAAUCUGAAGGCGGAAACCCUCUGGCACGUGUUGUCUGGUACAAGAACAACAUCCAGAUCGACUACUCUUUCACAACUGGGGAUAACAUGGCUGUGAAUGACCUUGUGGUGAAUGCUGACGCCUCGGACAACAAUGCAGAAUAUAAGUGUGAGGUGUCUAAUGUGGUGACCCAGGCGCCCAAAGUGGCUGCGGUGCUCAUGAAAGUUUACUUUGCACCAGCAAAGGCAGAAAUAUUAGGGGCUGCCAAUGCCAGAGCAGGGGAGACCAUCAUGUUGUCAUGUGUCUCUAGCAACAGCAAUCCUGCAGCAAAAAUUACCUGGAUUGCCAAAGGUCAGCAGCUGUCAGGGGCCACAGAGAGGGUGAUUGAGGCUCCUGAGGGUGGGUACAAGACUUAUUCUAAUCUGACGGUGCCUCUCACAGACAGUGAGAAUGAUGUCAUCUAUGAAUGUCAGGCAACCAAUGAGGCGUUAGGACAGAUGGCAAGAGCAGACGUCACACUGAGGGUGCUGUAUCCCCCUAACAACCCAGUGAUUAGUGGUUACACAGCAGGGACCCCCAUCAGAGCCAAGUCAGUCCAGACCCUGAGCUGCUCGGCCAGUGGAGGGAAUCCCAGGGCAACCAUCACUUGGUGGAAAGGAGAUGAGGAGCUCCCGUCCAGUGACAAGUCUGUUGGUAAGAUCGCCAUUGGGGAGAUUCAGUUCAUAGCACAGGCCAGUGACAAUCUGGCGGAGUACAGGUGCAAUGCCACCAACGAGGCCACAAUAACACCACUGUUGGAUACUGCCAGACUUACUGUGCAUUUCCCACCAGAGGGUGUUACUGUCACCCAAGACCCUCCAGUGGCCAGAGCUGGCCAGAGACUGACCCUGAAGUGCAGCAGUUCCAGCAGCAACCCAGCCUCAGUGGUCAGUUGGAAGAAGGACAAUCGUCCAAUAGGAGCCAGCUCACACUAUGUCCAGGAUGCUGCAUAUGGCGGCAAGUCCACCAUCAGCGAGGUCGUCUUGACACCAUCAGAGGAGGAUAAUGGAGAGAACUAUGAGUGUGAGGCGCGCAAUGAGGAGCUGAAGCAGUCGGUUCACAAUGCCAUUCAGCUGAAUGUUUUGUUCAAGCCCCGUUUCCAGGGCAUAGGUUCAAAGAUUAGUAUAGUGGAGGGGCAGUCUACGGUGAUCAACUUCACGGCCCAGGCCAACCCCGGGGUCACCCAGUACACCUGGUAUAAGGAGUCUGAGAAGCUGAUUCUGGGCACCAAGACCAAAAGAGAUCUCGCCCUGCCACAUUUUAUAGUGGACGGAGGUGUGCUGAAUAUCACCAACGUUACGCGGGCCGACAUGGGGAAUUACUCCUGCCAGGCUCAGAACAGUGAGGGCGUGGGGACUAUUAACUUUACUCUGGAUGUGCAGUACCCUGCCAGUAUCUCCUCAGUGGUCAGUCCCGUGUAUGUUGACAAGGGGGACAGGGCGUUCCUGGAGUGUCAGGCAGAUGCCAACCCCACCGUGCCGGACAUGAUCAAGUGGACCAGGGUGGACUAUGACAUGACUCAUACUGCCCAGGUCUAUGAUGCAGGGAUAUCUCGCCUGACUGUGUAUAAUGUGUCAAAGACUGAUAGUGGCGCUUUUGUGUGCACAGCUAAGAAUGGUAUAGGAAUAGAGGCCACCAAGAUAGUAGAACUUAUUGUGAAGUAUCCCCCUGAGAUAGAGAAACUGGAGGUGAAGUCAGCAGCAGAACUGGGAGCCAGGGGCAAGGUCGUCUGCAAGGCUGAGGGGGCGCCACCUGUCUCAUUCACAUGGUUCAAGGGUUCAGAGCCAAUCAACGUCAGCCUUGCAAGGUACAGCGUGGAGCAUCAGAAGCUGGACUUCAUCCACUAUGUCACCUACCUGUACAUACACAAUGUCACAGAGAAGGACUACGGCAGGUACAAGUGUGUGGCCAGGAAUGAUCUUGGCUCAGACUCCUUCCUGGUCAGAUUUGACAAAACAAGCAAGCCAGACCCUCCAUCUAAGAUCCAGAUGGUGAACUCCACCCAUGACUCUGUCACCAUCCAGUGGGUCCCAGGCUUUGACGGGGGUCUGCCCCUCACAUACAAUGUACGCUACAAGGUGGACUCCAAGGAUAUUAGGGGGCAUUUGUAUGCAGACACGGAUAAAACUGUGUAUACUGUCACAGGUCUGAAGUUGAACACAGCAUAUGAGUUCACAGUGAGAGCCAUCAACAGAGAAGGCAGCAGUGACUAUUCUCCAGGCAUCAUAGUAAAAACAUCAAGCACCAUGCCGACUGGUCCGUCUGCGCUGGGGACAGCUGACGAGGUCCCUCUGAUCAUCAUCCUCAGUGUGUGUAUCGUUGGUGUUGUCCUCCUGGCCUGUAAUGUCCUGCUCAUCAUUUUCUUCGUCCGCAGGAGGCGGAGAAAGAUGGAGAAGGAUGGUAGUGAGAGUGCCAGCCAGGCCAAUACCAUAGAGAUGUACGCCCCCUCAGACCGCCCCCUCUACCAGAACUUCCAGAAGGACAACUACAGCCAGGGGAGCCUGGACAAAAGCAUGGAAGACUUUGCCACUGACAGCUAUAGGAGCUUUGAUGACGAUGACGACAUAAAACGUGUCUUCAUCCCUCCACAGCCACCUGUCUACUCUGGCCGCUCCCUGGACCGCGAUGCCCGCUACGCCCCGCUGCGACAGACACACUCCCCCGCCAUGGACAAGCAGAGGAACUAUACCCUCCCAGCUGGACACAGUGGACACGGCGGUCAACACAUGUAUCUAGACGACUACCCCAGGACUGAUGAAGUUCCCUAUCAUGGCGGAUCAUUGCCCAGGCUGCGCCCCCAGGAGGACGAGUAUGCCCACCAGUUGAGGAAGAACCAAAUGCAGAAAGGUUUAAACAGCAUAGGCGAACAGGGCCAAGGCAGGAACAGGGAGGGCUUGCCCACCCCCAAUGGCAAGGCUCCACCCCCACCCCCUACAAGGUCCUCCAGCCAUGGACGCGCCCAUAUACCACCCCUGAACCACCCCCCUCUGCCAGCACGCAACUAUGACCUGAAUGAAAUGCCACGGUACACCCCACCUCCAGGAAACACUGAUCUGCGCCCCCCAUCAAGAAGAAGCCAAAAGCCAGAGCCUGCUGAGCCUCUUCCUGUAGAAAUGAGAGGACAUCUUGUAUGAGGCACCUUGGGAAAUGAUAUGUCCAAAGAUUAUACCAUAACUUGUAGUGGUGGAGGAAGUUGAUAGUGGCAGUGGAGAAGAUAUUUACUUAUGAAUAAUGAGAAUAUUUUUGUGUCAUACUCAUUGACCUGUGGAUAAGUGGAAGUGGAGAUAUUUUGCUAAAGACAUGCUUUUGUUUUAAGUGAAAACUGAAUUUAUAGUAUGUAUGAUCUCAACCCUGAAAAAAAAGGGAAAUCCAAAGUCUCAUUUGGUAUAGUUGUUUACAUAUAUUUCGUUUCAUGUUUUGUUGAACCUAGUGUGUAAGUUGUUAUUGGCAGGCUUGCUCAUUUCAUGGUUGAACCAUGUGGGAACACGGCAACGAAGAUGCCAUUGUUACUGCAGUGUUAUUUGUAUUAUAUAACUACAGGGCUUCUCCAAGGUUGUCCACUAAGUCAAGUGUGGAUAUCGCCCCAAGUGUUUAGGGGAAGGGCGUAUGGCUGGUGCUAUCUGACUGAGGGAACUAGUUAUGAGUGCUUGCUUUAGUUAAAGAAACUCACAAGUAAGAAAAUAUUAUCUUUAUAUUGUUUUCUUAUACUCAAAGGAGGGUAAAAAUUAUCACUUAUUAAACUUGCUGAUCAGUUAUUUAGGAUCCCAUAAAAUAAACAAAUUACUUUUUUGUAGCAAUUUAUGGGCAUGAGUGUCUUUGUAGGGCAGUAUUUUCAAAGUGAACUUUCAAAGAGAUUUGUCUCCUCAUGGAGCAUUUGAGAAGUUCAGAAAUUCAAAUCGACAAGAUGGUGUGUAUCUCAAAAGAGUUUCACCAAGAAUUGCUAAAAAAUAAGUAAGAAUUGUGCACAGAUGAGCAUUUACAUACUGUGCCUCAAUUAUGCACUCUAUCAAUGAGAUAAAAAAAAACUUUUAUCUUGUUGUAAUUAUUGUUAAGUCUGUCAUUCUUCUCAUUUUUACAACAGCAUUUAUUUGUACAGCUGUUUAUUAUUAUUAUUAUUAUUAUUAUUAGGAUUCGCCCUCAUCAGGGUAUCCGUCCAACCCCACUGUACAGGUUUGGCAGGUCCUUCUCAAAAGAUGGCAGCACUAGUAAACUGUUUUUAUCUCGGCUUUUAUUUUUAAAAAAGAAAG